GUAAUAAUGUAUUAACGUAUUAAUGUAUUUUCAUGCUGUAUUUUCCCCCCGUUGGAUUGGCACCAUUAUUCGUAUUGGGCGCAUUAUUCCCACAGCUAUUUUAUCAUUUUAUUCUUACAGACCCAUGUUUCAAAAUUCAAAGCGCUGCUGGCCCCGGCGGUGACGUAUCACAGCCUAGCAUCCCCCGGUCGCCGCCUGCCCACAUGGGUGCAUGGCGCCGAUCUGAUAUCCUUCCUACUGCACUUUAUUUCUCGUCGUCUCCCACUUUUCAUUUCCAUCCUGCAUUGUUCCCACACACAGGCACAUCACUCAACUGCAACGGACUACAACAACUACACCAGACACAGCAACUAUAACUGACACAACAAAUACAACUGACACAAACACCAGACCGAUGGAGACGUACCACGGUCUCGUCCGCACCCCAGCGGACGCCAUUAUCCUCUUCGAAGCCUGUCGCCUGGGCCUCCUGCCUCGUGUCCAGCGCCGCCUGUCCGAAAAAGAGCGCCAGGCCAUCAAGUCCGGGUCUGUCUUUGUCUGGGAUGAGCGCGAGGCCGGCAUGCGACGCUGGACGGACGGCAAGUCGUGGAGUGCCAGCCGCGUGUCGGGCAGCUUCUUGACGUAUCGUGAAAUGGAAGGCAAGCGGGGUGGUGGUGUCUCUUCGUCGCGCGGUGGGAAGACUCCUGAUAGUCGAGGCAAUAGCGAUGACGACCGCGACGGGAACGAAGAGGGCCCAGACGGCUAUCGCUACAAACCGGACGGGCUCAUGAAACAGUCCUUCAGUAUCACCACCUCGACUGGACAACACCUACACCUCAUCAGCUACUACGCUCGAUCACACCCAACCGCGCCUAAUCUGAACCAGCCCUCCAACGAUCCCGCCUUGCGUCACAUUCGUCCUCAAAAGGGCCUCUAUCCAGAAUCGACCGUCAAUGACCAGCAGAACCUGCCCGUCGUCACACGAGGCCCUAUGGCCGGCGCCGUGACAUUGUCUCCUCAUAUGGCCGCUUUCCCUCGCAACGGAGCCACACAUCCUCAGUCAUAUACGCCCAUUUACAGUUGGCCGCCAACACCGCUGGGAACUCCUCCAACAGCUCCAAUGCCUUACAAUGGACAAGGAUAUCUGCCGCCCUUGGCAGGCGGUGGGCCAUACGGACACCCUUCCGGCCCAGUACAUCAACUGCAUACUCCAUCGGAUCGGCCACAUUUAGAAACGACUCUACCCCCUCCUGUCCCUUCAAUAGCCGCUGGUUCUAUGCAGCCAGCAAAUAUGUCGCCAUACUCAAAUCGCUCUCCCCGAUCGGGCCCUGCUCCUUUGGAAGCCUCGAGGGUGCACUCCCCAGGCUAUGCAGCAAAACCAGGGCAAUAUACUCAAAUUGACCCGCGUCUCAUGUCUCCUCAGUCGCAGAGCCAAGCACCUCCCAGCGACAACCGGUCUUCGUUGCAGCCAUUGACACCCAAUACGUCUCAUUUGCCCCCUCCUAACGGACGCGAGGCGCCUACAUCAGGAACGACAGUGCCGAGCAUUGGAUCAUUAAUGAACGGGCCGGCUCCUCCUCCUUACUCGAAACUCAAUGGAAGCCCCAGCAGCGUCCGCACAGAGGGCCCGAAAGACAUUCCCAGUGAGAAAAUACCUUUUGCCGGAGAAGAUAUGCGCGCAAUAAACCAGCUUAAUCGAGUGUUUACUGUUUAAUCGCUAUUAUAACCUUUUCCCUUCUAUCAGAGUUAUACGGGCGGCGUUACGGAUAUGCAUGGUUAUGGUUAGGUUAUGGUUACGGUCAUGGUUUAUGUUUGCGUUUGUUACAGGGUGGUUAUACAGGCAUACCGGUAGUACGGAUGGUCUUGGUGUAUCUUUGCAUUUGCAGGCUGGAAGAUUCCCUUUCCGUUUCUGUUUCUAUUUCUGUAUUAGUGUUAGCGAGUGAGUAGAGCUUCGCACCUUUGUCGUGUGAUGGGACUAAUUGAGCAAUUCGAUGAUA